UGCAUGCUUAUGUUUUCAACUGUUAUAGUUCGGAGUUUGGACGAUGAAAGAACGAAUCCCAUGAAAGAGAACUUAUGAUGGACAUUCUGUACUUUUUCGCUUUCGUUUCCAAGAGUUGAAAAGGGCAGCAAUAGGGAGUAGGCUUGUCAUGUCAUCGUCGUCGUCAUCGAACUUGUUUCAAGUGUAUGCAGAAAGUACACAACUUUUUGGGACCUGAAGACAGAAUUUUUAGUACUAGUUGUAGUGGUCAAGAGAGUGAAAUGGAGAAUAGAAGAGAAGAUUAUGAAGAGGAAUGAAGAGAGAGAGAGAGAGCUUGUGCUAGUAAAUGAAGCACAGUAUGAUCUUAUACUGCAGGCUUUUAAUUCUCGAGACGGAGACCGAGAAAUUGAAGAGAGAGAGAGAGAAAAGGAGAGAACGUGGGGUGUUGGGUCCCCAUGGUGGGGAGAGACAACAGAGAGAGAGAGAAAGGAGAGGCCCCACACACCGCCCAUGCGCACGCUGUCUUACCAAAACUAAACCCAUCAUCGAUCUGAUGCCUUGACCUAACCCUAACCCAACAACACUAUACCCAAAAAGCACAAAAAAAACCCACCACGCCCGAAACUCAAACCCAUAAACCACCUCUCUCCAUCUCCCAUUUUUGGCUAUUUUCUUACCCCCCCUUUUCUUCCUCAUUUCCUCCCAAACCCUUAACCAACAACUUAUCUUCAUUCAAGAGAAAUAUAUCACUUCCAAAAACUACGUAAGAAAACAAACUAUCUCAACUCACAUGAAGAGUGGAGAGAAGAACAUGGGUUGAUUCAGCUAUUUCAGCUGAAAGUUUGGUGGCAGAUGCUUCAAAGCCCUUUUCUUGCCCUUUUUUGGUGAAAGCCGCUGUUAUUCAAUCAGCCAAAAUACACAGCAAAAAGAAAAAGGAAACAAAAAUAGGAACCCUAUUAUCCUUCUUUUCUCUUUUCUCCAUUAGAAUUCGGUUGGUUCUUGUAUGUGUUAGCUAAUUGCUAAUUAGGUUUGAACUUUGAAGGGAAGAAAACAAAUGGACCCAGUAACAGCUCAUGGCCGCCAUCUUCCUCCUCCUUUCCUCACAAGAGAUCUUCAUCUAAAUCCGCAUCAUCAAUUUCAACAUCACCACCAACAACAGAACUCUGAAGAUGAACAAAAUCGUGGCCAGAAACGAGAUCGUGAAGAAACAGCCACCACCACAACCGGCACCGCCACUACCGACACGAGUGAAGGCAAAGAACUAGCCAUAGUCCCUGGAACCGAAGGUGAAAUCACAAGAAGACCACGAGGCAGACCUGCGGGUUCCAAGAACAAGCCCAAGCCACCGAUCAUCAUAACCCGUGAUAGUGCCAAUGCCCUCCGAUCCCAUGUUAUGGAAAUUGCCACCGGCUGUGAUAUUAUGGAGAGCAUUUCAACGUUUGCUAGGCGAAGACAAAGAGGGGUUUGCAUUUUGAGUGGGAGCGGAACUGUAACAAAUGUAACCUUAAGGCAACCUGGAGCUCCUGGUGCAGUCGUGACUUUACAUGGAAGAUUCGAAAUUUUAUCACUUUCUGGGUCAUCUUUACCUCCUCCAGCACCACCGGCUGCAUCAGGGUUGACCAUAUAUUUAGCCGGCGGUCAAGGUCAGGUAGUUGGAGGAACCGUGGAAGGUCCACUUGUUGCUUCGGGUCCGGUGGUGAUUAUGGCAGCUUCUUUUGGUAAUGCGGCGUAUGAAAGGCUUCCAUUGGAGGAAGAGGAGCAACCGGUGGCGCCAGUUCCUGGAAGUGGACCCUUAGGGUCACCGGGAAGCAUGGUCGGUCAACAACAACAGCAGUCGCAGCAGCAACAGCAACAACAACUAUUCCAAGAUCCCAACGGAUCCUUCGUUCAAGGAUUGCCACCAAAUCUUCUAAAUUCGGUCCAAUUGCCAGCUGAGGCCUACUGGGGCACAGGUCGUCCCCCUUAUUAACAAACAGAAAGUUUCCGGUUUUUUUUCCUCCUUAAUUACCCCCUUUUCUCCUCUCUUGUUAGUUUGACCUUUUGAUCACCUUUCAUUCUUCUUCUUCUAUAAGAUAGUUGAUGUUUUAGUUUAAGUCUUAAGGAUGUUGAUCAUGGGAUUCAUCUGGCUUUGAUUUGAAGAAGGAUGUACAAAAAUUUCAUGGA